AGUGACGCGCCGCCAGUGGCUAACGUCGAAGAAAUAGAUUUCUCUAUGGUUUCCCUCCUCCCUCUUCUUUCUGUUCCUUCACGGAGACGGGAAAUGGCCGCCGAACGGUAGAGUCGAACGGGAGGUGUCGCCCGGAGCGGGGAUUGUUAUUUGAGUGCAUACUAAGACCUGUAAAUUCCUUCUGUACUGACAUACAGAAUCGCCAGGUUAAACCAGUAGUGGAAAAUGGGUCGCUCUAACACUAGAUCACAUUCUUCAAGGUCAAAGUCCAGAUCACAGUCCACUUCAAGGUCAAGGUCAAGAUCCCAUUCUAGAAAAAAGAGAUACAGUUCUAGGUCUCGGUCUAGGACAUAUUCACGAUCUCGCAGUAGAGAUCGUGUUUAUACUAGAGAUUAUCGCAGAGAUUACAGAAAUAAUAGAGGAAUGAGACGCCCCUAUGGCUACAGAGGAAGAGGUAGAGGAUAUUAUCCAGGAGGUGGAGGUAGAUACCAUCGUGGAGGUUACAGACCAGUCUGGAAUAGAAGGCACUCCCGAAGUCCUAGACGGGGCCGUUCUCGUUCUAGAAGUCCAAAGCGAAGAUCAGUCUCUUCCCAGAGGUCUCGCAGCAGAUCUCGCCGAUCAUAUAGAUCUUCCAGAUCUCCAAGGUCCUCUUCGUCUCGAUCAUCUUCUCCAUACAGCAAAUCACCUGUCUCUUCCAAAAGACGUGGAUCAUCAGAAAAGCAAGCAAAGAAAACUGAGGGAGCUGCUUUGCAAGACAGCCCAUUAAAAAAUAAAUCACAAGAGGAAGAGAAAGGUGCAUUUGAACAUGAUCCAUCUGAAACUUUAGAUGACUUCAAUAAAUCAGCAGCUUCAGGUGAUAUUUGGCCUGGACUUUCAGCAUAUGAUAACAGUCCACGGUCUCCUCUUAGUCAUUCUGUUGCUUCCCCACCAAGUCAGAGUUCUUCAUGCUCUGAUGCUCAGUUGCUUAGUGCUGUUCACUCGACAAAAGACACACCUCAGCAUUCACAUUCCAUUCAGCAUAGCCCUGAGAGGUCUGGGUCUGGUUCCUUGGGAAAUGGUUCCAGUCGCUACAGCCCUUCACAGAACAGCCCACUUCAUCACAUUCCUGCAAGAAGAAGUCCUGCAAAAGCAGUCACAUCACAGAAUGCUCCACGUGAGGAGACUCGCAUGCGUUCUUUUUAUCCUGAGGCUGGGGAACAGGAAAGUGCAAAGACUGGAAAAUUUUUGAAAAGGUACACAGAUGAAGAAUCUAGAGUGUACCUGCUUGAUAGAGGUAAUACUAGGGAGAAAGAUACCCCAAAGGAGAGAGGAUCAGAAAAGGGCAGGACAGAGGGAGAAAGAGAAUGGGAAGAUCAGGAAGCAUUGGAAUACUAUAUGGAUAAAGAAUCUGGGAAACAAAAAUUUAAUGAUUCUGACGGGGAGGAGACGGAGGAGACAGAAGAUUAUAGACAGUUCAGAAAGUCUGUUCUGGCAGAUCAGGGUAAGAGCUUUGCUGCAUCUCACCGGAAUACUGAGGAGGAAGGCUCCAAGUACAAAUCUAAAAUCUCUAUGAAGACAAAUAGAGAUAGCGAAGGUUUUAGGGAAGAUAAAACCUACAAGCUUAAAGAGACAACUGGUUAUGUAGUAGAGAGGCCUAGUUCACUAAAAGAUAAGCACAAGGAAGAAGAGAAAAUAUCUGAGAGAAUGAUGAAGAAAGAAGCCCAGUCACCUGAGCAGGUAAAGUCUGAGAAGCUCAAAGAACUCUUUGAUUAUAGCCCCCCUCUUCACAAGAAUUUGGAUGCAAGAGAAAAAUCUACAUUCAGGGAGGAGAGCCCACUUAGGAUCAAAAUGAUAGCCAGUGACUCCCAUCGACCUGAAGUGAAACUUAAAAUGGCCCCGGUGCCACUUGAUGAUUCAAACAGACCUGCAUCCUUGACUAAAGACAGGCUGCUUGCUAGUACGCUUGUCCAUUCGGUCAAGAAGGAGCAAGAGUUCCGAUCCAUCUUUGACCACAUUAAGCUACCACAAGCCAGCAAAAGCACAUCAGAGUCAUUUAUUCAGCACAUUGUGUCCUUAGUCCAUCAUGUCAAAGAACAAUAUUUCAAGUCGGCUGGCAUGAUGACCCUAAGUGAGAGGUUCACUGCUUAUCAGAAGGCUACUGAAGAACAUAGCACCCGGCAAAAGAGCCCAGAAAUUCACAGGAGGAUUGACAUCUCUCCAAGUGCCCUGAGGAAACACACCCGUUUAGCGGGAGAAGAGAGAGCCUUUAAAGAAGAAACUCAGAAAGGGGAUAAAAAAUUAAAGUGUGAUGCUGCUGACCUUCGACAUGACAUCGACCGUCGCAGAAAAGAACGAAGUAAAGAACGAGGAGACUCUAAAGGUUCCAGGGAAUCCAGUGGAUCAAGAAAGCAAGAGAAAAUUCCAAAAGAUUACAAGGAUUAUAAAUCUUACAAAGAAGACAGUAAACAAAAAAGAGAGCAAGACCGUUCUCGAUCUUCCUCAACUUCCUCCCCAUCUUCCUCUUCAUCCAGUUCCCGAGAAGAAAAAGAAUGCAAGAAAGAAAGAGAUGAAGAGUUUAAACCUCAUCAUGAACAAAAAGAAUACUCUGGUUUUACAGGAGUUGGAAGACCUAGAGGCACAUUCUUUCGAAUUAGGGGCAGAGGAAGAGCCAGAGGCGUGUUUGCUGGAAUAAAUACUGGUCCCAGUAACUCAAAUACUGCUUUUCAAAAGAGACCGAAGGAGGAGGAAUGGGAUCCUGAAUAUACCCCUAAAAGCAAGAAAUACUUCUUGCAUGAUGAUAGAGAUGAUGGUGUGGAUUACUGGGCCAAAAGAGGAAGAGGCCGGGGCACUUUCCAGCGUGGCAGAGGAAGAUUUAACUUCAAAAAAUCAGGUAGCAGUCCAAAGUGGACUCAUGACAAAUACCAAGGGGAUGGGCUUGUGGAAGAAGAAGAAGAAACAAUGGAAAAUGAAGAUAAAGAGAGACGCAAAGAAGAAAAGGAAUAACUUUGAAGACCUGUUCCAACUGAAAGUUUAUGCACCAUCCACGCAGCAUUUUUAAUAUGACUAUUUGUCGUCAAAUGAAUGUAAGCAUUUUACUUAAAAUUUUACCAUUGGAAAGUAGUUUAGGUUUUUGUUUUAAUUCUUUAGUGAUUCACUAAAUAGUAGCUGUUACUUGAUUAUACAGAGGCAAGUAGAAAAAUACAAUACUAUUUGUCAUUAUCAGUUUUUAAAAAUAUUUACUGUUUGUAUAAGCAGUGUAAUUUUGCAUUGUCCAAAAGAUAUGGUUGAAACCUUGAGAACUGUACUUCUUUGCCCCUCCACAACUGUGUUUUAUUCUGAAGUAAACCUUAGGUCUGCACAUCUAAAUCUUGAGGCAGCAUUUUUAAAAAAUAAAUCAGUACUAAAUCUAAAGUGUAUGCUGGAGUUAGUAUUUUCCUUAGUUUUUUGUUUGUGUGUGGCUUACAUUUAAAUUGUAGUGUAAUUGCUUGGUCUGAUUUGGGGUGGGAUAUUGAUAUUUCAGUUAACGGUGACUCAGCCACUUAAUCUUGUCAACAUGUGAAUAGUACUGAAAAGCUAAUGGGUUGCACUCUGGUUUCACAAAAAUGAUUGUGAAUCAAGUUUGAAAACUAUAGCAUAUCCUGUUUUCUGAAGAAUGAGUGUAAGUAGGAGGUAUAUGCAAGUUGGUGUUGGGGUUUUAUUAAUUAUUUCAUACAUUCACAUUUCUAGACCACGAUGGGAGUUAUCUUCUGAACAGAUCUAGAUCUGACAAGUAGAGCUGUAGCUUAACAGGUGCCACGUUUCUCCGUCCACAUACCCUUACUGCUAAUGGGGAAAUGCCUCAACUGUUUGUGCAACAGCACUAAACGUAGCUUCACCUUCUGCUCACUCUUUUCUAAAAGAAGAUUUGUCCUACAUUCCCAAUGCACGUACCUUUAGGCGUACGACUGAAAGAGGUAAAUGGUAGUGAAAAGUUACCUUUAACACAAGCAUGCUUCAGUAUGUUUCAGAAUUUACAUGCAUAAUAUAGUCUUCUGUAAAACACUAGAUAUCCAUUUAUAACAUUUAAACAGAGUGUAUAAUGAUCGUGAAAUGGCAUUAAUUACUGCAGGAACAUUAGAAGAAGACUCAUUUGGCUUCUGGUGAAAGUGUCGGACAGGAAGCACAUGGCAAUAUUGAUCCAGCUACUAUGUGUAUAAGUAUUUCCCAAAUUGUAAAAUUAUUUCUUUGUUUUUCUGUGGGUUUUCUUUAGUAAAUAACUGGUCAAAAAUGGGAUAUCUCCAUCAUGUUUUCAGUCUGCAGUGGAAUAAAGAUGUGAAAAUUCUAAAAUGA